AUGUGUUAUUGGGGAGCUAUUGCACACUACAAACAGAUUGAAACUAAGACCAUGUCAAGCACACAGACGGAGACGGUACAGGUGCCGUUUGCGAGGCCUACCAUGUUGACAACCUCCACGCCGGCGGGAGAGUGCCCAUUCCUGGAUCUUCCUUACGAGAUCCGCCAACAGAUAUACAGCUGGGUGCAUCUGAUGCACCCGAUUCAACACGCCCAGUUGGCGCCAUGGUACCCCACGCCAAUAUACAGUUCGUACUUCCUCAAGCUCAUCAAACCAGAGGGAGAUGCUGAAGAAGUCACGAUUGAAGAUAAAGGAACAAGCCAACUAGUCGCCGGCAGCAACGAAGAACAUAAUCGCGACGACAAAAAGGAUGAGGACCUCUUACUAUCUCCGCACCGCCCCGUCUGUGGCCUUCCCUCGAGUCUGCUCCGGACCAACCGCCAAAUUUACGCGGAAUGUAGUAUGUUGCCGUUCCGCACUAACGAAUUCGUGUUCGUCAAUUGGUUUUCCUCGGGUCUCUGGGCCGCGCGGGCUUUCACCCGCGGCCUGAAGCCUUGGCAGCGUGACGAGAUGCGGUACGCCCGGCUGGAGAUGCUCGGACGAGAUUUCACCAGCCCUACGCUCAAAGAAUGGAUCGACCUCUGCGGGUGCUGGACUAAUGGCCUCCGGGGCUUGAGGCUAAAGAUACUGAUAGGAGGUGGGAUAUUCGAACCCGCUGCCACAUUUGCCGCGCUGAACAACAAUGCAGAGGCCCAGGCCAUGGACAUUUCACAUUUUCCGGAUCCAAAGCCCGAAUGGAUCGAGGAGGGACUUCGGAAGUUGAGAGCGUUGAAGCAGAUUGAAGUCGAGCUCACUGUUCUGGACUGGGAUGACGCGCAGAAGCUUGAGUGGUGCGGGGCUCUUGAGGCCAUCCUGAAUGAAGAGAGGGAGGAAGGUCAGAAAGUCAUCGUGAGAUGUGUUGAGAGGCUGAUGGAAGACCGGGGCCCUAGGAAAAGCGCUGCUAGAGAGGGUCAAAAGGAGGAGCCCUAUGGGUACUGA